AUGUAAAUAAGGAAGUUGAUUUUCCAUGGAUGAUAAUUUGUAGAUGUGACAUUGUGGAGCAGCUGUCUACACUGGACAUCAGCAUUUACUGUUUUUAUCAUAGUUAGAGUCACGCUCCUAUACCAUAAUGAAGGCAGCUAGAGGCAACAUGUUGGGUGCUGCAAUAUCCAACAACAACGUCAAGUACUCCCAGCUGGCUACUGAUGAUGAUGGUUACAUAGACUUACAGUUCAAGAAAAGCCCGCCAAAGGUCCCAUAUAAGGCAAUUACACUAGCAGUAUUCCUGUUUCUGAUUGGCUCCUUGCUGAUAAUCUUCGGAGCCCUUCUUCUGGCAGGAACCAUACAGGUUGAGUAUCCAGACCGCACCAUUCCUGUCAUCAUCAUAGGAAUACUUGUAUUCCUUCCUGGAUUUUACCAUUUGAGAAUUGCAUACUACGCUGCCAAAGGUUACCGGGGUUACUCCUAUGAUGACAUCCCAGAUUUUGGUGACUGAGCCAAAUGACAGCAACUGACUAACAGAGAAUACCCCCCUUUUGCCACACUGUAGCUUGAGACUGUGGCCCACUGUUUACUUUGAGUUUCUGACUGCACUGUAUGUAUGUAGCAGCAAAGGCAACAUUUUAUUACCAUUGUACAGUGGAGACCUGUGUUUAUCCACAGGUAUACCAUGCACAGGGUUUUAACUAUUUUGCUUAGUUUUAUAAUUAUGUCUUGUUACUUCUCUGCUCUGAGCUGUAUUAUCCGCCACCCCAAAGUUUGACUGACCUUACAACUUUAUUGACAAACAUGUAAUGAGUAUGCUCACCGCUCAUUCAAAACAUGCUAACAAACCUUGGACGAGCAGUGAAACAUUCUACACAGAUGCCUUCAACUUAGUACUGCUAGAAAGUUUGCUUAUUGCACAGUUGCACAGCUGUAUCAUUGUAUAAAUAGAUAUGUAUUUGCCAUAAGAAAAUACAAUAUGAAAAACUCAGGAGGCUGUAUUUCUCCCGAGAGAUUAUAUUUGGAGUACUAUCCAGAGAUUGAUUAAUUGAUCAAAGUAGGGUGUAUAUUUUUGAAUGUAAUGUAUUACUUCCUAUAUGAAGGGUUGCUAUUUGUGCAUAUUCUAUUGAUUUUGAACAUCAUAAGAAGCAUGUACCCUUGCUUGAGAUAUAUAAAAAAGUUAAAAAAAUAAAAAAUAAAA